AUGGAGCUGGUCCAGGACACCUCCCGCCCACCCCUGAAGUACGUGAAGGGGAUUCCGCUUAUCAAGUACUUCGCAGAGGCGCUGGGGCCACUGGAGAACUUCCAAGCCUGGCCCGAUGACCUGCUUAUCAGCACCUACCCCAAAUCUGGCACCACCUGGGUGAGCGAGAUCCUGGACAUGAUCUACCAGGGUGGCGAUAUGAAAAAGUGUCAAAGGGCCCCCAUCUUCAUACGUGUGCCCUUCCUUGAGUUCAAGGCCCCAGGGCUCCCCACAGGUGUUGAGACUCUGAAGGAUACACCCGCCCCCCGGCUCCUCAAGACGCACUUGCCUCUGGCCCUGAUCCCCCAGGACCUGCUGGAUCAGAAGGUUAAGGUGAUCUAUGUGGCCCGCAACGCCAAGGAUGUGGUUGUUUCCUAUUACCACUUCUACCAGAUGGCCAAGGUGCACCCUGAACCCGGCACGUGGGAUAGCUUCCUCGAGAAGUUCAUGGCUGGGGAAGUGUCCUAUGGGUCCUGGUACCAGCACGUGCAGGAGUGGUGGGAGCUGAGUCACACUCACCCUGUUCUCUACCUCUUCUACGAGGACAUGAAGGAGGACCCCAAGAGGGAGAUUAAGAAGAUCUUGAAGUUUGUGGGGCGCUCCCUGCCUGAGGAUAUCAUAGAUCAGAUUGUCCAGCGCACAUCUUUCAAGGAAAUGAAGAAGAACCCCAUGGCUAACUACAGUACUGUGCCCACCGAGAUCAUGGACCACGACAUUUCCGCCUUCAUGAGGAAAGGCAUCACGGGCGACUGGAAAACCACCUUCACCGUGGCCCAGAACGAGCGCUUUGACGCGCACUAUGCUGAGAAGAUGGCAGGCUCAAAGCUCAGUUUCCGUUUACAGCUGUGA